UAUUGAUUUGAAGAUUAUAUAGUGACAAAAGGAGGCAAAGUGGGGGUACGUAGGUUUUUGUGUGUUGUAAGAUGAGUAGUAGCGGCGGCGGAAGAGGUCCGCCAAAGCACCAGAACAAAUUCGCAUGGAAACCUAACGGUGGCGUUAAGAUCAACCCUACUGAAUUGGGGGGUCAAUUGAGGCCGUUUUCGGAUAUAACUGGCGUUUGCUAUCGCUGUAAAGAACAGAUCGAUUGGAAACGAAAAUAUGGAAAAUAUAAGCCUCUCUCUGAACCUGCAAAAUGUCAGCGUUGUUCCAAGAGGAACGUUCGGCAAGCUUAUCACAAUCUCUGUGCUGGUUGUGCUAAGGAGCACCAUGUAUGUGCCAAAUGUUCAUGCCGCGUUGAUAAAAUAAUUGGAAGAGAUAUUUUAGAAGUGGAAGCUGAGCAGAAGACAUUAGAAGAGGCUAUCAAGAAUGCUCGGGAGAGGGAUAGACGAAGUCUGCUAAGAGCUAUGAACAAAGAAAAAUCCAAGGGCUCGGCUUCAACUCCAACUGCUGAUGCCAGCAAAGCCGGCGACUUAUAUACUAUACAAUCACUUGAAGAGUAUGCUGAAUACAGUAGGGAUGGUGAGGAUGAGCAUGGAGGGCAAGAUUUACCGAGAGUUGUUGGGUGAGUUAGGUUUCAGGAUUCCUUUUUUACCUUAUCUUGGGGUAGUGAUGCUCCGUUUUUGCACUUUGUAACUUGACAUUUGAUCCCCAUCUUAGAUAAAUUCUUGUUGAAAUAGCAUCUGGCUUAUUGCAAUUUAUACAUAGUUCAAAAAAACCAAGUUGAAUGAUUCCCAUUUAAUAUAAUUUGUUAUUUCAGCUAA